GAGCGCAAGACGCAACGCAAAGCCGCCGACCGCCGCCGCCUCUACUCCCGGGGUUCUCUCUCUGCCGUGACACGGCGAAUCAAUACUUUCCCAAGCUCGCCACGCUCCUCCUCCUCCUCCUCCUCUAUCCCAAACCCAAACCUAGCCGCCACGGGAAGCACCUCCUCCGACUCCGAUCCCUUCCUUCCUUCCCACGCCGGCGAGGUCGCCCGCCGCUCAGGGGCUUGUUCUCCAUGCUUCCCACCAAGAGGCCGCCGUCGCCGUCCGGGGCGGGAGCCGAGGACGGCGGCGACGCCAAGAGGCCCAGGCUGGGGGAGUCUGGGACCACCGAUGACAGGGCCUUGCCGCCGCCGCAGGAGAUCGACGAGGACCUGCACAGCAGGCAGCUCGCCGUCUACGGGAGGGAGACCAUGCGCCGGCUCUUCGCCUCCCACGUCCUCGUCUCCGGCCUCAAUGGGCUCGGCGCUGAAAUCGCGAAGAAUCUUGCCCUUGCUGGAGUCAAGUCUAUCACUAUACAUGAUGUGAAAAAUGUGGAGAUGUGGGACUUGUCUGCCAAUUUCUUCUUAUCCGAGGACGAUGUUGGGAAGAACAGGGCUGUUGCUUGUGUCGCAAAGCUGCAAGAGCUCAACAAUGCUGUUCUCAUCUCAACUCUAACAGAGGAACUAACGACGGAGCACUUGUCCAAGUUCCAGGCUGUUGUUUUUACUGAUAUAAGUUUAGACAAGGCAUAUGAAUUUGAUGACUAUUGCCAUAGCCACCAGCCUCCCAUCUCCUUUAUCAGAACUCAAGUCUGUGGUCUUUUCGGUAGUGUCUUUUGUGACUUUGGACCAAACUUUACUGUUCUUGAUGUUGAUGGUGAAGAUCCACAUACUGGUAUAAUUGCAUCCAUCAGCAGUGAUAACCCUGCAAUAGUAUCCUGUGUUGAUGAUGAGCGGCUCGAGUUCCAAGAUGGUGAUCUUGUUGUUUUCUCAGAGGUACAUGGUAUGGCAGAACUGAAUGAUGGGAAACCAAGGAAGGUUAAAAAUGCCAGGCCAUUUUCAUUUAGCAUCGAGGAGGACACAAGUAAAUUUGGAAAUUAUAUAAAAGGUGGAAUUGUUACACAGGUGAAAGAACCUAAGGUAUUAUGCUUCAAGACGCUAAGAGAUGCCAUUAGAGACCCUGGAGAUUUUCUUCUGAGUGAUUUUUCAAAGUUUGAACGUUCCCCUGUGCUCCAUCUGGCAUUUCAAGCUCUGGAUAAAUUUAUGAAAGACUGUGGACGCUACCCUGUUGCUGGUUGUGAGGAGGAUGCUCAAAGUUUCCUUAAGAUUUCUGCUGAUAUUAAUGAAGCCUCUGUUGACCGCAAGCUGGAAAGUAUUGAUGAGAAAUUACUCCGGCAGUUUGCAAGUGGUUCUCGAGCUGUUUUGAACCCUAUGUCUGCGAUGUUUGGUGGUAUUGUUGGUCAAGAAGUUGUGAAGGCAUGUUCUGGGAAGUUCCACCCUCUCUACCAGUUCUUUUACUUUGAUUCUGUCGAAUCCCUGCCAACACAUCCAUUGGACCCCCAAGACUUGAAGCCAUCAAACAGCCGCUAUGAUGCUCAGGUUUCCGUAUUUGGUUCCAAGAUCCAGAAGAAACUUGAAGAGGCUAAUGCUUUUGUUGUGGGCUCUGGCGCUCUUGGAUGUGAAUUCCUGAAAAACCUUGCUUUAAUGGGAGUGGCAUGUAGUGGUAAAGGGAAGCUAACUAUAACAGAUGAUGAUAUCAUUGAAAAAAGCAACUUGAGCCGUCAAUUCUUAUUUCGUGACUGGAAUAUUGGACAGGCAAAGUCCACUGUGGCUGCUACAGCCGCUAGUGUUAUCAACCCCAGCCUUCUUGUUGAUGCUCUUCAGAAUCGUGCCUGUCCAGAAACUGAGAACGUGUUCGAUGACACGUUCUGGGAGGGCCUGGAUGUUGUUAUCAAUGCACUUGAUAAUGUCAAUGCCAGGAUGUAUAUGGACCAGAGGUGCCUGUACUUCUCGAAGCCACUACUGGAGUCAGGUACGUUGGGUGCAAAGUGCAAUACGCAAAUGGUAAUUCCUCGCCUUACUGAAAAUUAUGGAGCUUCAAGAGAUCCUCCUGAGAAGCAAGCACCUAUGUGCACAGUCCAUUCUUUUCCACACAACAUUGAUCAUUGCUUGACAUGGGCUCGUUCGGAGUUCGAGGGCUUGCUCGAAAAAACGCCAAAUGAAGUAAACUCUUAUCUGUCCAACCCUGCUCAGUAUGCUGCUGCCAUGAGGAAGGCUGGUGAUGCUCAAGCAAGAGAAUUGCUUGAACGUGUCUCUGAAUGUCUUGACAAGGAUCGGUGUAGUACAUUUGAUGAUUGCAUAACGUGGGCCCGGAUGAAAUUUGAGGAUUAUUUCUCAAACCGUGUGAAGCAGCUGACAUUCACUUUUCCUGAAGAUGCUGCCACUAGUACGGGCACGCCUUUCUGGUCUGCCCCCAAGCGCUUCCCUCGUGCACUGCAAUUUUCAGCUGCUGAUACAUCUCACCUGAAUUUCAUUAUGUCUGCUUCAAUAUUGAGAGCGGAGUCAUUUGGGAUUGCUAUACCUGACCGGGCAAAGAACACCAGUAAGCUGGCUGAUGUAGUAAAGAAGGUCAAAGUACAUAUGUUUGAGCCAAAGAAAGGGGUAAAUAUUGUGACAGAUGAGAAGGCCACAAAUCUUUCCAGCACCUCGGUUGAUGAUGUCUCCGUUAUUGAUGAUCUGCUUGCUAAGUUGGAAGAAUAUGCCAAGCGGCUACCUUCUGGAUUCCAAAUGAAACCUAUCCAAUUCGAGAAGGAUGAUGACACUAACUUUCACAUGGAUUUAAUAUCCGGAUUUGCAAAUAUGCGUGCAAGGAACUACAGCAUUCCAGAGGUUGACAAGCUGAAGGCUAAAUUCAUUGCAGGGAGAAUUAUCCCUGCUAUUGCAACCUCAACCGCCAUGGCCACAGGACUUGUGUGCCUUGAGCUGUACAAGGUUAUUGAUGGCAAGCACCCCAUUGAAGACUACCGCAAUACGUUUGCGAACCUAGCGCUGCCAUUGUUCUCAAUGGCUGAACCAGUUCCAGCCAAGGAGACGGAGCAUCAAAACUUGAGCUGGACUGUAUGGGACCGAUGGUGCAUAAAGCGCAAUCUUACUAUUGCAGAACUCUUGCAAUGGCUGGCUGAAAAGGGCCUUACUGCUUACAGCAUUUCCUGCGGCACCUCGAUUUUAUAUAACAGCAUGUUUCCAAGGCACAAGGAUAGAUUGAACAAGAAGGUUGUGGAUGUCGCCAAAGAAGUUGCUAAGGUGGAAAUUCCUGAAUACAGGAGCCAUCUAGAUAUUUGUGUGGCCUGCGAGGAUGAAAAUGAAAAUGACGUUGAUAUUCCUGUCGUGUCGGUUUACUUUCGAUAGUCUGGCAUUGAGAUAAACCUUACUGCAUCUUGAGGCCUACUCUUCAAAACUCUCUUAGAUUGCUAAAUUCGCCGGUGUAGUUCUGCCGCUUUCUCAUGCCGAUAGCUCUACUCCGCUCUCUUAAAUUGUUCUUAAAGUUGUGUUGGUCCUCAAGCUAUUGCUCAUUGGUUACUAUGAAUAGUUGGAUGAACUACAGACAACAUUAGUUGCAGUUAAUAGACAGGUUACUGGAAUUUGGUGGUAUCUAUUCUCUAUUUGCUGCACAUUACUCCAUGUUGCACCUUCAGUCUUAUUACAA